UGCCACUCGGCCGAGUUAAGCUUCUCAACUCCACACCAACGUGUAUACGUUCCGUACAUGCUCACGGAGCUCCCGAUAACCUUAAAGAUAGAGAAAGUUGGACCACUUCGACGUUGGAUUCUGGAAUAACUGCGUAUCUCCACUUCAAGUCUUGAAAGCGCAUGUUUUGCGAAUUUCACACGCUGAUUUCCGGAUUUGCAAAGCUUGUGUGCUAGUGCGGUGCAGUACCUACGUAACCCUGUUUGGCUUCCGAUUAUCCGAGUGCUCGUACUUUCUCAGAUCCCCGCCAUCGCAAUUUGAUUCACCGUCGCAAUCGCAACCAGCUACCAGCAACCAUCCUCCUCCACCCGCUCUUUUACACAAUUAUACUACGCCGUACAUCUCAUCGUUGCCAUAAUAUCCCCGCGAUAGCAAUUGCCAAAUUUCAACAGCCCUCGAUUCGAUUAUUUGCCGUCGCAAACUCGAGCUGAGCUGAGCGCAAGCAUCAGCAAUCAACACCACUCUAAGAAUCAACAACAAUGUCCCAAGAAAAACUAGCCCCGCCCCCCGAGACCAAUGGCGCCGUCGACGAUACAAACCAUGCGCCGACUGGCAUAACCGAAAAAGAAGAGAAACCACAACAUGGAAAGGUUGGCGCAACCAAAGAAAAACUGAGCAACAAGCAACAAAAGCUCAAGGAUGAGAAACAUCCUGCAGGAGGCUACGACAAAACACCCAUUCCACCAGCUCGCGAUGGCUAUACGGUCAAGUUUACCUUCCACCGCGCGGAGAAUCUGCCCGUGGCGGAUCUGAAUUCUCGUUCUUCGGAUCCUUAUAUUCAUGCCACUUUGACCUCUGCUCUGCAAAAGAGGCAUAAGGAGGACCCAGAUCUGAUCUUGAGGACUCCUACCAUACAUAAAAAUACGGACCCGGAGUGGAAUACUGAAUGGAUUGUAGGAGGAGUCCCUUCGAGUGGGUUCAGAUUAAAAUGCAGAAUAUAUGAUGAGGAUCCUUCCGACCACGACGAUAGACUUGGUAAUGUUACUAUCUCUGUUGGAAGAAUCGGGUUGGAUUGGCAAGGAAUACACGAGGAGCAGUUUGAUAUUAAGAAGCGAAUGGGCAGUAAGAGAGCGUACUCGCUCCGAGCCUGUGCUGUUCUGCUGAGUAGCGUUAAUAUGAGCGGACAUUUAUACCUAAGUGCUGAGGUUAUUGGUGAAACAGAACCUCCUCACGGACGAAUGUAUACCAUUGGAGAGACUUCGUGGGUCAAGCAUUUUUCGCCAAUGAUAGGCAGACUUACUGGCACCAAGGCUCCAGGAACUGACGAGGCUGGGGGAGAAUCUAAGACGCAAAGAUACGAGUGAGUUUUGUCAGUGAAAUGAGUAGGAAACAAAAACUAACCCCAACAGUUUCCAAGCAAAUCAAUUUCAAUUACAAGGUCCAGUACCUUCGGAAUUAUAUCACCGCUUUGUAGAAUUCAAGCCCUUUGUGAAAGGCAUGUUUUCGAAAGCUGGUGUUCGAGGACGAAUUCUAAAUCGAGCACUUCAUCAUCAACAUGCUUCAGUCUAUAACUUUAGUAAUUCUACCGAAUAUGGAACUGUAAAACCUCGUUCCGAAGAAGCAUCUCUUCAGUUUCUCAAAAUGGUACAUUUUGACGAAGGCGGUCGUAUCUUUACCUAUGUAUUGACGCUUGAUGGACUGCUCCGAUUCACCGAAACAGGCAAAGAAUUUGGAAUCGACCUUCUAUCUAAACAUACCAUGCACAGCGAUGUAAACGUUUACAUAGCCUGCUCGGGAGAAUUCUUCGUCCGCCGUCUCAAACACCCUAAACGGCCCGCCGAGGACCUGUCACAGGAAAGCCAUCCAGAUGCCGACCUCAAAGGUGGACCACCACAUACCGAUCCUCCUAAAGACCCCAAGAACUACGAACUAGUGAUCGACAACGACUCCGGUACCUACCGACCUGAUGGCUCCCUUCUUCCUCUGCUCAAGGAUUUCCUAGAUUUGAAUUUCCCUGGUCUCCAUGUUGUCACGAAGGAGUGCACGCAUGAGAAACUUGGGAAGUGGAAGGAGGGACAGAGGGAGAAGAAGAAGGCCGAGGGCAAGAAUAUUACGAUGGUACAGAAUUCGGAUGAUGAGAUUAGUAGUUCGGACGAGGAGGGGCUGGAGGAUCACAUUAAUACCAAGAAGAGUGGGAAGGAGAAGUUAUUCCAUGCGUUGGAGAAUCCCAAGGAGGCGGCGAGGGAGAUGAUGCCUGGAGGACAUCAUAAGGAGGGGAACGGGGAGGGGAGUAGGGCGUAGGUGAUAAUUGGGUUGGUUAUGUUUGGGUGGUUAUGGUUGAAGAUUUAUGGUGGAACGCCGUUUAACGAUUUUAUUUCAAGAUGGAAGGAGCAUUUCGGGAUUUUUUUGGCGCGUGGGUUGGUCGUUUUUCUGCAUUUACGUCUUUGGGCUUUUCUUUCUUGGUGUUUUCAUUUGGGGUUGGCCAAGGUUUUUGGGGUUCUAUUUAAUGGCGGUUUAUACUUCUUUGCGAUACUUAAGUUAAUUGUCUAGGCGGAUGAUUGGAAGAUGGAAGAUGGGGGAUGGGGUAGAGGAUGGGAAGGAUGUAUGCACCUACCUAGAUUGUAUAAAUCCACUUCUGCUUAAUGAUAUCAAAGGUAUUUUAUUUAAGAUGUUGG